AUGGCUGCAUCAUCUUCUCUUUUAUCAAACACCAUUUUUUCUACUAAAACUUGCCAAAAAUCAAAACCUUUUGCAUUAUCUCCUGUUAAAUUUGAUGAACUUGGAUUUAAACCUUCUGGCUUUUCUGUCACUUACAAAUCCCUGAAAUUUAACUCAGCAAAUCAACUCCCUGUCAGAUCUUUUACUUGCAGAAACUCUUCUGAUCUUUCAGAAACAGAUGUUAAGGUUCAUAAAUUCAGUGUUUAUGAGAUUAAUGAGCGAGACCGUGAAAGCCCUGCUGUUCUCAAACUUAGCAAGAAGCCUGUUUUGGCUCUAGGUGACUUGAUUCCUUUCACCAACAAGUUGUACACAGGAGACUUAGAAACAAGGCUAGGGAUAACAGCAGGAAUACGCAUCGUAAUCCAAAACAAGCCUGAAAUAAAUGGAGAUAGAUGUGAAGCAGCAUUCAGCAUGUACUUUGGAGAUUAUGGUCACAUUUCAAUCCAAGGACCGUUCUUAACCUAUGAUGAAUCUUAUUUAUCCAUCACAGGCGGUUCGGGUAUCUUCGAGGGAGCCUAUGGAAAGGUGAAAAUGAUACACUAUUUGUACCCAUACAAGGUAUUCUACACAUUUUAUUUGGAGGGAAUUAAGGGUGAUUUGCCAAAGGUGCUUCUGUGUAAGCCUGUUGAACCUCAUCCUGGUGUUAAGCCCUCUGCUUCUGCUAAGGCUACUCUUCCUGAAGCUGUUAUUCCUAAUUUUACCGACUGA